GUGGACGUGGUCGAGGCCUGAGGGGAAUGGAGGCUACCAAACGCCCCACAGACGUACCUUUGCAAUUUCAUCGUCCAGCUAUUCCCAAUUCCCCGUUCACUCCCCACGGCCCGAAAUUUCAUCUCCACGCCUUCGGCCGUCACCAUGACCGACGCCGCCGCCUCGUCUUCCCGCCGGAGGAUGGAGGCCGUCCGCCGCCAUCUCCUCCCUCGGCCGCCGCCCGUCCUUAGCCUGAAUCAGCUAAGCGCCCCGGAGGCAGGACAGAUCCCGGUGAUCAUCGGCGGAAUGGUGCUGGACAUCCACGCGAAGCCGUCCGUGCCGCCACAUCCUGGCACCACCGUUCCUGGGAUGGUUAAGUACAUCGGUGGGGGAGUAGCUAGAAAUAUUGCUGAGUGCAUGGCUAAGCUUGGGACUCAACCACUCAUGAUUAGUGUCAUUGGAGAUGAUAUGGCAGGGGAUUUUCUAUUGAAGUACUGGAGGUUAGCUGGACUAUGUACAGAUGGAAUACUGCAGGUUCCUGAUGUUACAACCCCAGUAGUAUCAAAUGUAUUCGAUGGGAAUGGAGAAUUAUUUGCUGGUGUCGCGAGUGUGCAAGCAGUUGAAACUUUUCUUACCCCUAGCUGGAUAUAUCAGUUCUACCGCCGCAUCUCCACUGCACCUCUACUAAUGCUUGACGCCAAUUUAUCUCCUGAGUCACUUCAAGCCGCUUGCAAAAUAGCAUAUGAAUCAGGGGUGCCUGUGUUAUUUGAGCCUGUCUCGGUGGUAAAAAGUUCAAGAAUCGCACCAAUUGCGGAACAUAUAACUUGCACUUCCCCGAAUGAAAUUGAGCUUAUUGCCAUGGCAAACGCACUGUCUACUCCAGGGAAGUACAACUUUGUCAAACUUGAGCAGUGCAACAACAAAGCGGAAUCUGUAGAUUAUUUGUUUGAAAUGCUCAGCCCAGCAAUGUUUUUUCUUCUCGAAAAGGGCAUCAAGCUUCUCCUGGUGACACUUGGCUCGAAUGGUGUUUUCAUAUGUUGCAGAGAGCACGUCAACUUCAUGAAGGAUCAGAAAAGUUGUAAAGUGACACCUUUCUCAACUCGGCUACUUGAAAAAUUGGAGGGAUGUUCUCUAUCCAGCAUGCCUGUUAAUUUGUCUAGAGAAGGUUCUUCCAGAACUCGUGUUUUCCAUUUACCUGCAACAUCUGCCUCAGUGGCCAGCCUCACAGGUGCGGGCGAUUGUUUGGUUGGUGGGUUCCUUUCAUCUCUAUGUGGGGGAUUGGAUAUUAUGCAAAGUGUUGCAGUUGGGAUUGCUGUAGCAAAGGCGUCCGUUGAAUCUGAAGCUAAUAUACCUGCCAAUUUUUCUGCUGCAAGCAUCGCAGAUGAGGCAAGAAGGACGCUGCUAUCAGCUAGACACAUAUGGUGCCAAUAAAUAAAGGACCACUGCAAACAUUUUGGUGUUAUUUUCAUUCGAGUCUUUAGGAGAGAGAAUUUGUCAUGUCACAGUUCAUUUUUCUUCUUCUGAAUGGUUGGAUGUGCCUUCGAGUGCAUAGCAGCGCCAUAAAUGUGCCUGCCAAAAUGAUGUGUUGUAACUAAUGAUUAUUUAUUGAGCCUGUAGGUCAGGCGCCUGAAAAUUGUUUCCAGUUUCUGUAA